AUGGCAGCACAUGAGAUUCAAAACGCCGAAUUACAAGAAAGAUCCGUGGUAUCUUCGUUCAUCUUCACCGGCACUGGCGAUAGCCUGAGGGUGGCAUUAUUCCGACGCAGCCAAAAAACCAGAUCAUACCAAGGCCGUUUAGCGCCAAUCUCGGGAAACAUCGAGAAAGAAGAAUCACCACUACGCGCGGCAUGGAGAGAACUGGAGGAGGAAACAACCUUGACUGCUCGCGAAGUGACAUUAUGGCGACAAGGCAAGCCGUUCACCUUUGAUGAUACCUCCAUGGGACGACAUUGGAUUAUACAUCCCUUCGCAUUCUCUCUGCGGCCCGAGGCACAAGACAAAAUAAGAACAGACUGGGAGCAUGACGGGUGGGGAUGGUACGAUCCGAACAAAGUCACCGACAACGAGAUAUUCAAUGGCGUGCCUCGUUUAGUCGAGAGUCUAAGACGGGUUUGGUUUGAGAUGGAUAUGUGCUCAGCAGCAAGUGAAGCCCUCCGUUCGGGCCUCUACCAAUUGAGAACAGACCACCAAAGUGGAGCCCACGAGCUGACUUCCAUUGCUGUGACGGCACUCCGGAACAUCCUUGUUCAUCUUCGAGACGAUGAUGAUUGGUGGAUUACGGUACGCACGGCAGCCUGGCAUCUAUGGAAAAAUGGCCGAGAAAGUAUGGGCUCAGCAACACUGAAUGCAUUUGUGAGCAUCCUUGCCGACAUCGAGAGUAUACUCCCUCUGAAUCUCGAAGAUGGGCCAUCAUGGGAGCGUGUUCUGGCAAUGGUUGAUCGCCACUUGGAGGAUCGCCGGGAGGUUCCGACGCGCAUCAAAGAGAGCUUUGCGAAAUACCUCGAAGACAGCUUUCUUCCAGCGGUAGAAUCUGGAUCCAACGAUACUCUCACGAUUCUCACAUUAUCUGCUAGCUCCACGAUUCGCGACUGCAUCAUUGAUGCCUUCUCGUCGCUGUCAAUAUCGAAUUUAGAUCUGCGUAUCCUAGAAUCUCGACCGCUAUUCGAAGGAGCUACCAUGGCCUCAACGCUGCUAUCUUUGUUUCAAUCAAAACACCCAGACUCAUCUGAUCGGUUUUUGAAAUUGGCGAUCUACACUGACGCAUCUGCGGCGAUAGCUGCAUCAGAUGUCGACUUCGUACUUCUAGGAGCUGACAGAAUAUCAUCAUCUGGCUGGGUCAGUAACAAGACUGGCUCAUUACCCGCUGUUCUUAGUGCAAAGCAUAUCACUCCCGGUGUGAAAGUACUCGUACUAUGUGGGGUGGACAAAAUCGCGGCGUCAUCCGAGCGAGAGCAUGAAAGUGAACAAGAAGCUAAUGAUCCCGUGGAAGUUGCGACACCUUGGGUUGGCAGCGGCGUGAGAGGGAUCGAUUUACUUGAUGAAGGGAUUUGGGGAUCGCUUCCUAAGACAGCGAAUUGCCGGGUUAUUGUUCAAAACAUCUACUUUGAAUGGGUCCCUGCUGGUUUGAUUGAUGGGUAUUUGUGUGAGCAUGGAUUUUAUACUGUGGCUGACAUUCGGAAGAAGGCGGAAGAGGUGAAGAAGAAUGCUGACAAGUAUUUUGGGGUUUUGUGA